AUGCUCAAACCAACAUCCCUAUCGUUGGUAUUAAUGGUUAUUUUGGCCAUCCUUUCGGUUUUUGUUGGAGCAGACGAAGUUACACAUAAAUAUGAAGUUGGAGAUAAUGUUGUUUUGUGGGCAAAUCACGUAGGACCACAUUACAAUCCUUUGGAAACAUAUCCUUAUUAUGAAUCACAUGUUCCUGUCUGUAAACCAAAUGAUCCUACACAUGGAGAUUUUAAAUUGGAAUAUAAAUCACUUUCUCUCGGAGAAGCUUUACAAGGACAAGAUCUUGUUAAAGUUUACGGAAUUGAAACAAUUUUCAGAAAGAAUACACCAAUCACUCGUUUAUGUAAAUUGCCAAUCACUAAGAAGGAAAUUGAUCAAUAUAUUUAUGCAAUUGAUAAUCAAUAUUGGUAUCAAUAUUACUUGGAUGAUCUUCCAAUGUGGGCCAUGAUUGGAGGUUACGCCUUGUCAAAGAAGGGAGAUACUGUAGAAAAAGUACCUUUUGUUUAUACACAUCAAAUCUUUAAUUUGGAAUGGAAUGAGGAUCGUAUUGUUAGUGUAAAUUUAACUUCUAGUAGAAGAAAGCCUCUUUUGGAUAACACACAAGAAAUUACUUUCACUUACGAAGUUAAUUGGAAUAAUAAUCCUAAUAUUAAUUUUGAGAAACGUUUUGAUCUCUACCUUGAACUCAACUUUUUCCAACACAAGAUUCACUGGUUCUCAAUCAUUAAUAGUUUCAUGAUGGUUUUAUUCUUGAGUGCUGUAGUUUUUAUGAUUUUAAUCAGAACUCUCUACAAAGAUCUAGCUGCUCUUGAAAAACAUGCCAAAUCUAAAACUGGUGGAGAUAUGGAAAUUGGAACAGAAAAUGAUAGUGAGUUUGAUAUUAUUGGAAGUGGAGACUCUUCUGAUAGUGGUCCUUGGAAAAUGUUACAUGGUGAUGUAUUCCGUAAGCCAGCAAACCUUACAUUAUUCUGUGCAAUUCUUGGUACUGGUCUUCAAUUAUUAUUCUUGGCAUUUUAUUUGAUUCUUCUCUCUAUUAUCAAUACUUGGUAUGAUACUCGUGGAGCUUUGUUGAGAGCUUUCAUUUUCACAUACUGUAUUACAAGCUUUGUUGGUGGUUAUUUCAGUGGACAUUUCUACCUCAAAUGGAAGGGAACUGGAGAUAGAUGGAUUAGAACAGCUCUCUGGACAGCUUGUAUUUUCCCAUUCACUGUAUUUAUUACAUCCAUAUUAUUGAAUUUCUUGGCUAUUUCAUAUAAUGCUUUGAUUGCCAUGCCAUUCACUACCAUGCUUACUGUUUUUGUUAUGUGGUUGUUCAUUACUCUUCCACUAACAUUUAUUGGUACAAUCUUUGGCAGAAACUUCCCUUCAAAGAAUGUUGGUAAAUCAAGUCAAUUCCCAUGCCAAGUCAAUCAAUUCCCAAGACCAAUUCCAACUAAGCCAUGGUAUUUCAGAACAUUUAGCAUGUUUAUUUUUGCUGGUAUUUUACCAUUCGGAAGUAUCUUUAUUGAACUCUAUUUCGUAUUUACUUCAUUCUGGAAUUACAAGUUUUACUAUGUUUAUGGAUUCCUUUUAUUGGUAUUUGCAAUUCUAGUUGUAGUUAUUGGUUGUGUUUCAGUUGUUACAACAUUCUUCCUUUUGAAUAGUGAAGAUUGGAGAUGGGUGUGGCACUCAAUGAUUGUUGGUUUCAGUACUUCAUUCUACAUUUUCCUCUACUCAAUUUACUUCUUUAAUACCAAGACAAGAAUGAGAGGCUUCUUCCAGAUAGUUUUCUACUAUGGUAUUACGUUCAUGUUUUGUGUGGGUAUGGCAUUCCUGUGUGGUGCUAUUGCCUUCUCUGCCACCUAUGUCUUUGUUAAACGAAUUUACAAGGACAUUAAAGUUGAUUAA